GCUACCGUGCCAGCACCACCCCUUCAACACCACGUCCCUUCCGAGCGGAAUGAUUGUAUAACGGUCGGCUCCAAAAGCUGAGCCGGGUAGAUCCUAUCUUUCCACCAUCUGGAGGAUCUACUUUUUUCCCACCCCCACGCCGUACCUCACGAAAACGAAAGCUUCCUCCAAAUCCAUUCACCAACAUCAUCUCCCUGGCCAUCGCGCCCGAUCACCGACACAAUGGAUAUCCACCGCUGCCGCUUCGUGCCCUACAACCCCCAGGCUAUCAAUGCGCUUGCCUUCUCCCACCCUCCGUCCGCGGAACUCGCGGGACGAGGUGUCCCUACCCUCCGACUCGCGAUCGGUCGCGCGAACGGCGAUAUCGAGAUCUGGAACCCCAUGCGCGGCUCCUGGUUUCAGGAGUCGGUUCUUCGCGGAGGAAAAGACAGAAGCAUCGAAGGGCUGGCAUGGACGCUCGAUCCCCCCGAGCCCGGCUCCGAUGGAUCGAAGCUGCCUGGUCGGCUGCGUCUGUUCAGCAUCGGCUCCUCGACUGCAGUGACGGAGUGGGAUCUUGAGCAGGGCCGUCCUUUGCGCCACUCAAGCGGAAACUACGGCGAGAUCUGGUGCUUGGCUGCCCAGCCUAGAUGGCAGGCCACGCGGGGUAAGGAUGGAAAGGCGGCCCCUGCGGCGGAGGGAGAGUUCGUCGGCCAGCAUCUGGCUGCGGGAUGCGCGGACGGGUCGAUCGUGAUCCUGUCAACGGCUGAUAAUGACCUGAAGUUCCUGCGUCUCAUGCGCCCGUCUACGAAGAGGUCCAGGGUGCUUAGCGUUACCUUCCAGAACCGGAAUACCCUCGUCGCGGGAUAUGCGGAUAGUUCGAUUCGACUCUACGAUAUCAGGAGUGGGCAGCUACUGCGGACGAUCUCUCUGGGCAAGGGUAUGGCGGGUGGCUCGAAGGAAUUGCUGGUGUGGUCUGUUAAGUGCCUUCCUGAUGGUACGAUUGUUUCGGGUGACUCUGCCGGUGAAAUUCGUUUCUGGGAUGCUAAGAACUACGCCCUUGUCCAACGUCUGCAGGGCCACCUGGCGGAUACUCUGGAUAUUGCUGUGAGCGCGAAUGGAGAUACCGUUGUCAGUGGUGGUGCCGACCAGAGGACGGUCGUGUACCGGAAGAAGGACGGAGAGAAGGGCGACAAGAAGGCUAGAUGGUCCGAGGUUAUGCACCGUCGCUAUCACACUCACGAUGUCAAGGCCUUCGCCGUGUACGAGACGAGGGAUAUCAGCAUCGUUGUCUCUGGAGGACCCGAUGCCGCCCCGGUCGUCCUGCCUCUGCGCGAGUUCGGAAAGGAACACCACAGAAAGCUUUCCAGCUUGCCUCAAAUACCUCAGCUUGCCUCUUCUCCGUCGUCUCGGCUUGUGAUGAGCUUCUGGGAUCGGGAAGUUAGCAUCUGGCGUCUACACCGCGGACCUACGUCCCAUGAGAACUCUGAUGGACAGCGGCACCGCCUGGUUGGCAAGGUUCUGAUUCAGGGCGAAGAGAACAUCACAUCGGCAAUGCUAUCCGCAGAUGGAAAGAUUCUCGUAGUCGCCACGAUAUCGACGAUCAAGUUGUUCUCCGUGCGGAGACGCAAGGGCGAUGAGAAGGGAACCCUGCGCAUACAGAAGCUGGAUACUCCAACGGAACUUUCGGAGGAUGGCGCCCGUCUGGUGACCGUCGCUCCCAACGGCCAGUGGGUCUGCGUUGUGCGUCCCAACAGCGCCAUGUACCUGGCCAGGAUCAAGCCUGCCUCGACCGCGCAGGAGAAGCCCCAGAUUCUGUCCCAGCUCGUCAAGCUUAACCGGGCUACGCGUCACACUCGUUUUGAGAAAGCUUCGCAUGGCUCGUUGGGUGAUUACGAGAGAUCGGUCCGCUGCGCCGUCUUUUCGGAAGACAGCAAGGUUCUGGCAUCUGGUGAUCUCUCCGGCUGUGUUGACACCUGGGUGCUCCGGAAAGCAGAGGAGUCUGUCUCCAAGAAGCGCAACGCUGCUGGUUCCGAUGAUGAAUCUUCCGAUGACGAGGAUGACGCACCGGUGCUCGAGGGCGAGCGCUGGCACCAUGCCGCCGCAGAGUCGCCUAUCCCCCGUCUCAAAUCUGGUGUAGUCCUGCUGUCUUUCCGUCCUUCUAACCCCGCCAAGACGAAGCUUCUCACGAAUGGUGGCUCGGAGAACGAGCAACGCUUGAUGGCCCUCACUAGCGAGCACCAGCUCGUGGAGUUUGACGCUGCCGAAGGCAAGCUGUCCGACUGGUCAAGAAGAAACCCCAAGGCGUUCCUGCCCGCAGAGUUCCAAGGAGUCAAGGACAGAGCCAUGGGCUGUGUCUGGGAUCUUUCCGCUGCCCGCGAGCGCCUCUGGCUAUACGGUACCUCCUGGCUGUGGAUGUUCGACCUGAACCAAGACUUCCCCUCUCCCGAGGAACUGAACGCCUCAGCCGACAACCAUGAAGACCUGAACCCUUCCACGCAAAUCUCCAAGAAGAACUCAUCACAGAAGCGCAAACGCGACCCCUUCCAGGAAGACGAGGAGAACGCCCGGAAGAAGGCCAACAGCGGUGCCGGUGACCGGAUUCCCCUCGCACAGUCCGACAUUUUCCACGCAUCCAGGAUCCGCAAGAUCGUCGGACACGACGAUUCCCAAUUCGAGUGGGUCUCCCUAGACAAGGAGCGCCCCCAGGGUGGUGAGGACGAGGAUGCCUACGACUACGACGAGGCCUACACGGCCAACAACGACGUGGCUCUGGCGCGCCUCCGACGAGAGAGACAGUUCAUCGAAACCAGCACCCCCCUCAAGCGCGUCUCGCUGGGCGGCAAACUGGAUAAACCCCUACCCUCCAUCCCUGAAUUCGACUCCCCCUCCUCCCAGAAACAGUUGGUCCAGACCGGUGACCAAAAAUCCCAACCUCCCCGUCGCUGGUGGCACACCUACAAGUACCGCGAUCUCCUCGGUAUUGUCCCUCUGGGCUCCGACCCGGAGGACGGCUCCGAGUCCCCCUUCCUGGAAGUCGCGGUGGUCGAAAGACCCAUGUGGGAUGUCGACUUGCCUGGUCGCUAUGUGCGGGACUACGCCUAGAUAGUCAGUCACGUCCUCACCUCUUGAGCUUGAGUCGUCGGAGUCGGAGUCGGAGUCCUCGUUUUCUUAGUCUCUGCUGCGAAAUGAAAGAGUUUAGUUUUUUGAGAUUGCGCAACCGCAGAUCAAUCUGGCAGGCAAUACUAAUUUCUUUCCGGUUUCUGUCCGUAUACCUGCUAUCUACGUUCAUCUCUUCAAUCUCCUUGGAAUUUUCAUGAUCGUCGUAUAUGCUUGAUGAUGGAAUCUCUCUCUCUCUCUCUCUCUCUUCGCAGCACUCUCUCUGUACAGAAGGUUCCCUUUCCCCCCCCCCCCCUUUCUUUAUUUGUU